AUGACAGGCUGUUUGAUGCUAAACCCUCGCUGGUCAGCGGAAACGGUAAUGUUUGUUUAUGACAAUAAUCUGGACGAGUUUAACAAGAACAUGGAAGGGCUGGUGAGUAGCGGGAACUUUGCCACCGCCAAUGCAGUCAACCAGUGUCGCAACUUAAUGGCUCAUUCGGCAGCCGCGGCUGCACUAGGCGGCCAUCCUUCGGGGUUAAUGCAUUCUUCAGCGGGUUACUCCACCAUGGACGUCUCGAUGUCAGUCCCCGGUGAUGCAUCUGUAUCGUCGGUGAAAACGUGCGCGGCGGGACCGUGUCCAGCAGCGAGCGUUCCACACCAGAGCACUUCUGCAGCUCCUGCUUUACCUUACGGCUACUUUGGUAGCGGCUACUAUCCGUGUAGGAUGGGGCGUGGUCCUGUCAAAUCGUGCACGCAGGCUGCUGGAGCCGCGCUCAGCUCUCAAUACAUGGACACCACCGUGAACUCCGAUGAAUACCCGAACCACAGGCCAAAGGAGUUCGCCUUUUACCAUGGCUACCCAAGUCCAUACCAGUCCAUGGCAAGCUACCUGGACGUGUCCGUGGUCCAAACGCUGGGUACUGGUGAGCCGCGCCAUGAGACCCUCCUCCCCAUGGACAGCUACCAGCCAUGGGCUCUCACCAACGGUUGGGGGGGACAGAUGUACUGUUCCAAAGACCAGGGACAGGGACAUCUCUGGAAGUCCGCUUUGGCUGAUGUGGUUGCCCACCAGCAAGAAUGUUCCCCUUUUCGCCGAGGCAGAAAGAAGCGGAUACCUUACACAAAGGUGCAGCUUAAAGAGCUAGAGAAAGAAUAUGCUGCCAACAAAUUCAUCACAAAGGACAAGAGGAGGAAGAUUUCAGCCGCAACUAAUCUUUCGGAGAGGCAGAUCACCAUCUGGUUCCAGAACAGGAGGGUAAAGGAGAAGAAGUUUGUGACUAAAGUGAAAAGCUCCACGCCUUAG